AGUUGAGUGCAUCAGCUUCACAACACUCAACCCGGAACACCAGCUUUCAUAAGCCAUGAAGCACCCAUCUUCCACAACACUGUCACUUUAUACUGGGAAUUCAACAUUAUAAAACAACCAGUGAACUCCCUGUGGAUUAUAACAACUCAGCAAGCAGCUGCAGAAUGGUGACAUUUUAAAGGCUGCUUGUUUUUGAUCCAAACACUCACUAAUAAGACAUGGGGAAUGUACUGAGACCAGCAUCACUUGAGACUGAGCAAGCAUGCCUAGAGUCAACAAAGAAAGAAGCAGACAACACCACUCUGGUUGUGCUUCGUGAUUAUCCACCGCCUGAUGUCAGCGAGCCUAUAUAUAGGGUUGGAGAGAAGCUACAAGUGCUUUCUGAAGAAGGGAGUUGGUGGAAAGUUAUUUCAGCUGUUACAGGAAAUGAAAACUACAUUCCGAGUAACCAUGUGGCAAAGGUCUACCAUAACUGGCUGUUUGAGGGAAUAGUAAGACCUAAAGCUGAGGAAUUGCUGCAACUUCCCAGCAACAGAGUCGGCUCUUUCAUGAUCAGAAACAGCCAGACUGACAGAGGUCAGUACUCCCUGUCAGUCAAGCACAGAGCAGUGAAGCACUAUAGAAUCAACCGCUUACCCAACAACUGGUACUACAUCUCUCCUCGUCUCACUUUCCAGUGCUUGGAAGACCUAGUCAGUCACUAUUCUGAAACUGCUGAUGGCCUCUGCUGUGUCCUCACAAGCCCCUGCCUCUCCCACAACAGCAACCUGAACCUGACCAAUCAGCCUCCACCUGUGCUGAUGUGUCGGAACCGCUUUACCUGGGACAAUGUGGACAGGUCAGAGUUGAUCAAGGAGGACGCAGUAGGUAACUGGGAGAAUGACGAUUCUCUCCUAAGCUUUGGCGUACGGAACAGCAUUGCCUCCUAUUUGUCCCUGUCUGGAGGUCAGGAAGAUAAGUCAAACAAAAGCAGCCGCAAAAAAAAGAGCAAAUCCAUGUACGGGUUCCCAAUGAGUGCGGAAAACAACAUGAUUCCUACUGAAGAGGGUUACUGUGAAGAGUAAGGUGAACAAGUAUGAAGACCUCAGAGAAUGCAUAUACACAUUGUAUUGACUCAGUCAUUCCUGAAAUGAAGGACUUCACAUUUACAGCAUAUCUAAUAUACAUUAAUGUUAUUCUGAGUGUGAUUUUGGAAAACUGCUUAGUAUGGCAACCUGUUUAAUGGUUUCUACUUCUUUACGGGAGAUUAAGAGACACUGUUAAAAAGAAGAAACAUCUUGCUGAACUGCCCCAUCCAAGCGCAUUGUGAUUUUUAAAUUCUCUUUUAUUGCUCACAUGAUGCUCAAUUAAUCACGUGCACCAGCUUGCAAUGCACAGAUAUGUUUUCCUGUGUGUAUGGAUCUUUGUUUGUUUGUUUCUAUGAAAAUUUGUGUCCCUUAAAACUUGUGAGUGACCUGUUAUAGAAACAUGCACAGGCCUUGGAUUGCCAAAACUUGUUGCUGUAAGCCAUGUACUGCACAAUUAAUUUACCAGGGGCUUGUACAGUGUGUAGUCUAUAGUGUUCUCUUAUCAGUUUUCAAACUAUAAUAGCUGUUAUUUGUCCUGUCAAAAAAAAAGAAAAAACUAAAAUGAUUGAGCAAUAGUGAUUUAGGAUGACUUUCACCCUUGUUUAAUUAACCAAAGUCUAAGACAAAUGUGUCAACAUUUCACAAAUAUUUUAAAUAGAUUAAUUAAUUCCAAAGUCUGAAGUAGUACUUAACUAAGAUGUACCUAUUCUAAAGUAUCAUUUUAAUAUCCUUCCACAUAUGUUUUUAUACACAAACACACACACACACACACACACACACACACACACACACACACACACACACACACAGAGUUACAUACACACUACAUAUUUACUUACACAAUCAAGUAAACAUGUAGUUGUCUCUUCUAUAAUGUAUAUUUGAGAAUGCUGAAAAGUAGAGCAAUUUAACUUGUUAAAUUAUUGGGCCUAUUAUUAUUAUUGCAACAGCACAAGAAAAAAAAAAAAGCAAAUUAGCAUUAAGUAAUAUCCAGCCUUUUAGAAUUUCUGUGAAUUGAAAAUCUUUAAACAGCCAUAGAUGUUUUGCAGUUAGAUGAAAGAUUUCAGUCAAAUUUCUGGUUUUUGAACGUUUUCCUAACGUACAGCAUCCUUUUGUAGAUGCAAAGAGUGCAUGUUUUUUUUUUUUUUUUUUUUACGGUAAGGACAUGUAUGUUUACAAUUUUAAUUAAGUCUUUGUGCACAAGAUGUCAACUCUUACCAGAUUGAUAAAUGCAGUUGCUACAGAUACAAUCCAACAGGGAAAUGUCCCAUAAUAUAAAUAUCUCCACAGUUCAAGCCAUAAAGCUGAAGUAAAGAGGAAUACGAAUUUUUUUCGUGUCUUUAACAAUCCAUUCUAGAGUCAGCUUUCUGUUCACGUAAACAAUGAACAUGUUGUGUGUGUGUUCAUCGUCAUGUAAAUCAAAAAUCUGCUUUUAAAUGUGCAUAUAUCUGUAUCGUUUCAAAUGUACCGCCUACGUGUAGAAUACCAUUUAUUGUGUUUGUUCUCAAGUUGUUAAGGUAAAUAAAUAUGGAUCAUGUCCAAUAAUACUGUAUUACAGGCAGUAAUGGUAAACAUUACACUGUACAUACAGUAUAUAAUGUAUUGAUGACCACAUGAAUGUUCUUAAUAUUGUGCAGCCACUGUUAAAUAAAUAACAGCUACUGUUAAAUAAAUUGUAUAAAACAA